AUGGAGGAAGAAGCACUCAUGUCCUAUGAUGUAAGGGACCCAGAGACGCCAGCAGGCUACAGAACUGACAAGCGAGAUGGGCCUGACAAGACGUGCGCAGCUCAUCAGGCUCGAGAGGGGCUGCUCACGACUGACACACUCAAGAAUUUAUGUGUUUUUGCCUAUGAGAAGAAACUACAAGGAUUACUGGGAAAUAUCUGGCUGCUGUGGGAAAUAGCCUUUGAGAAGAGUGGGGACGAGAUGGUUUCUCUGAAGGACUACUGCACCAGAAUGAAGGAAAACCAGAAGCACAUCUAUUUUAUCACAGGUGAGACCAAGGAGCAGGUUGCUAACUCAGCCUUUGUGGAACGUCUCCGAAAGCAUGGCUUAGAAAUAGUCUAUAUGAUUGAGGCCAUUGAUGAGUAUUGUGUGCAACAGCUGAAGGAAUUUGAGGGCAAGACCUUGGUGUCAGUUACCAAAGAAGGACUGGAAGUUCCAGAAGAUGAAGACGAAAAGAAGAAACGGGAAGAGAAAAAGACAAAAUUUGAGAACCUCUGCAAAAUUAUGAAAGAUAUUUUGGAGAAAAAAGUUGAAAAGGUGGUUGUGUCAAACCGAUUGGUGACAUCCCCAUGCUGUAUUGUCACAAGCACAUAUGACUGGACAGCAAACAUGGAGAGAAUCAUGAAAGUUCAAGCCCUCAGAGACGACUCAACAAUGGGCUAUAUGGCAGCAAAGAAACACCUGGAGAUAAACCCUGAUCACUCCAUUAUUGAAACCUUAAGGCAAAAGGCAGAGGCUGACAAGAAUGACAAGUCUGUGAAAGAUCUGGUCAUCUUGCUGUACGAAACAGCACUCCUGUCUUCCGGCUUCAGUCUGGAAGAUCCCCAGACCCAUGCUAACAGGAUCUCCAGGAUGAUCAAGCUUGGUCUAGGUACUGAUGAGGAUGAUCCUACUGUGGAUGAUAACAGUGCUGCUGCAACUGAAGAAACGCUACCCCUGGAAGGCGAUGACGACACAUCACGCAUUUUUGCUAACAUUUGA